AUGGCAGAAGCUUGUAGGCUAGGAACUAAAACAGAUAGAAAGAUUGCCUGUACACAGGACGAAAAUUAUUGUGUUUUUAAUGUUCUAAGUGUUUUUAUAUCUCUCGUGUCCAUACUUGCCGAUUUAACAACAGAUAUUUUAGUUUUUGCAGAGUAUUGUAAGGAUGGCUAUUUAUAUUGGGCUUUGUCGACGAUGAUAUUUAUACUUUCUCCAAACAUUCUAAUAAAUAUUUUUUCAUUGCGAUGGUUUAUUAUUGACCAGGAAUCAAAUCUACGUCAUUGGAUAACUCAUUGUAGUCUAGUUGGUUUAUUAGAAAGGUACAUUAUAUACCUACAAAAAGUAUUCUCAUGCAAGAACUUAGAGUCAAUGAAAACGCAAAAAUUAAUAUGCCAGCGUAAUGAUCUAAGUUUGUUGCACUUUUUGUACAUAUUUACAGGAACCGUACCGCAAAUUAUAUUACAAACAUAUGCUGUUAUUAUGCUAAAUGAAAAUUAUCACACAAAAGUGUUUGCUCUAGUUGCCUCGAUAGCGUCUGUGAUAUGGGGUUGUGUAACAUAUAUUUACAGUAUUACAAGUUUUAAUACCAGUAAUUUUAAAUGGAGUUCCAUUGUAUUGAAAUUAACAUGGCACUUUGGUAUAUUGAUUGGAAGGAUUGCUGGAAUACUUUUAUUUACUAUUAUAUUUGGUAUAUGGGCGUUGAUACCUUUAGGCUUACACUGGUCAGCCAUGACAUUUUGGAUAAUUACACAGAAAACGACAUUCUGUCCAAAUAAAUUAGAAGAAACAUUUUACAAUGCUGUAAUGGGUUUUGUGUACUGCUUCUGUUAUAUCAAUUUACGUGAAGGCCAUACAAGGUAUCGCCUCUUAAUGUUUUACACAUUAAUAGUCACACAAAAUUUUGGAAGUUUAUUCUUGUACGUACUGAUAUCCGAUUCAGAAAAGCAAAAGAAAUUAUGGUCCAUAUCUGCAACUGUUUGUGUAAUAGUUGGAACACUAAUUGGUAUGAUGGCAAUGAUAUUAUACUACAGGUUCUUCCAUUCAAAAGGGCCCAUUCCCUGGAAGAAUCAAGAUGAUGUUGAAUUGAAUAAUAAAGUUGUGGCAAAUAAUUGUGAAAACAAAAACAAUAAACAAAAUGGAUUAAAUCAUGUUAGAUCUUUUAAAAGUGCCAACAAAGAUAAUGAUACAAGAAAUGAUACUACCACAAGCAAUCAGCAACUACCGCCAAAUGAUAGUGAUAAUAAGUUCUUAUUAGAUCAUUGGAUAGCUAGAUCAGGUUCACCAACCUUUACAUCAGCUCCAGUGGGUAAUUUAAGCAUGGAUAUAUCAAGCAUCGAAAUGUACUCUAUUGAAAAUACACCACAAUCUGCAACCAUAAAGAGAGAAAAUCAAAAUAAUCAAACAAAUAUGAAAAUUACUAAAAAGAAAAUUUGUUCACCAACAGAAUUAACAUUGAAACUAUCUUCAAUUGAAAAUUUAGAGAGUUCUAUUGAUGAAAUCACUUCCAGUUCGUUAAAUAUACAAAAACGUCGCGGAAUAUGCUCAUCAGAUGAUUUGACUAACUUAAACUUAGAGAAUUGCAAUAUGAUAAAUGAAGAUUAUGUUAAAACCAUCAAGACUGAUAGUUCAGAAAUUAGCCACGACACUGAUGGCUCCAAUAAAAAAACUUCGUCGGAUUCAAUAGACAUGGAUCUAGAUUUAAGCUUCAGUGAUAUCAAUAGCUCAGACAUUAACACAUUUAACGAGAAUAUCGUACAAAAACUUUGUUUGAGUGCAUUGAAAAAUAUAAAAGUUGGAAAUCAAGAUGCUGAUAUUGAAAACAUACAAAGAAUAGCACUUGACAUACUUAAAGAAAUGUAUACAAAGAAGGAUAAGAUAAAGAAUGGUAUAACAAGUGAAAUACUGCAAUCAAAACGUGAUCUGGAUACUCCAACAGAAAUAUUAUCAGUGCAUGAUUAUGAAAAUAUAUGUGCAGUAAAUAUUGCUAGAGAAGCUUGGGGCUUAAGGUCAUGGAAUGGUUACUGUGAUAUUGAAAAUUGGUUGCACGAUGGCAGCGUUGUCCGAGAUAGAAGUAGAGACACUUUGACUUCAGGUAGCUCGGAAAUAAGUAGUUGUAUAUCGCAAGAAUUAAAAAACGCUAUAUUAGCUGCACCACCAUUCCCUAAAAAGGCGCAUACUUAUUCUAAUGUUUUUGUGAAAUUUGAAAGAAGUAGUCAAGAAGAUUAUGUUAAUACAGUAAUGUGUCAUUCUAAUGAUGACACUUUCCUGGCCAAACCUUGCAUGAUAGAUAGUACUAAAGACCCUAAUCACUUAGAACCAAUUUUAGAAGAACUUGAUGAUUUAGGUGAUAUUGACGUAUCAUGCAAAAAAAGAUUAAAUUCAGAAAGUUCUCUUGUAGCAACUAUAGAUGAAAUUAGAAAAGCAACAGUAACCAAUUCUCCAAGAAAUUUAUAUCACAGAAGGGAGCAUCAGUGGGACUCUCCACAGUUUCAUUCAGCAAUCGGAGCUGACAAAUCGGAGACAAACCUUAAGAAAGCUAUAUGGAAAGAACCUUAUAAGUUUGAUUUAAGCAAUAAAAUGGAAACCUUACCAGAAAAAGAAUGUAUUUUAGAUGUAUCACAUGGCUCAAAGUUUGAAUCAAGUGUAAAACACUCAAAUAUUUUACCAGUGUCUACUAAUCUUAGCAUAGAUAGCAAUAAGAGUCAAAACAAAAAUAUUACACGAAGGCAAAAGUCAAUUUGCACAACACCUCAAAACAAAAAACUUAAUAAUAAACCAGAACAACAAAUUCAUGAUCUCUCAAAUAAAGAUAUUGACUUUUUAUGGCAACUAGUUACUGACAAUUCAUUACCUUUAAAUUCAAUUGAAGAUGUUUCUCUAAGUCGGAAGACUCCUUCAUUACAGUCUUUAAUACAGAAAGAAUCACCCCCAAACUUAGUUAAUACAACAGCAUCUAAGAUAUCAAACAUUAAGAAAAAUGUACGGAGCAGACCAAGGCGAAAAUUUUCUAUUUUAAGAGAUAGAUUUGAACCAAAGGCUAACUUACAUUCCGAUGAGGAAAUUUUAUAUCACUGUUCGGAAAAUGUUGCCCAACAAAUAGACUCCAACAUAAUGAAUGUUCAUAAUCAAUUUGAUCAUAAUAAUCAAACAGAACUAUCUCCUCAAAUACUAUCGAAUGCUACAUUAAAUGACGAAAAGAAUUGUUCUGUAAAUAAAACGGAUGUGCCUUCAAAAAAUAUUAAGGAAAAAAAGUCAUUAUUUAUGAAGCAGGUGCUUAGCCCACCACGGUUUAAUACUAAGUUAAGACAUAAAGUGUAG